AUGGCCUCAUCAUCUUGGCCAGCCUCAAAGACUCAAAGUCGAUCCAAAUCAACAAGUUCCCGCGCGCCUCGCUUACGGAUAGCCCUGUCGUUUCUCCUGCUCCUGGCAUGUCUUACUUCUACAGUCCUAGCGAGCACUGAGACAUCAUCAUCUUCACUCCAAUACAGACGACACCAUGCGUCCUCGAUCAACCGAUAUGAAGUACACCGACGGAAGGAAUCAACAAAAGAUGACGAUGAAGACGAGGAUGAGAAGGAUGAGAUUGUCAACACUGCCGUCCCUUCGAAGACUGGAAGCAAAUCGAAACCCACAACUGUCACUAUCCAACGAGCUGCAAAGACUGCUGCCGCAACAAACUCGCCUUUGCCUGAAGCUUUCGAUGGAAACCUGGCAGCUGAGAUCUCAACGACAGCCGAAAGCAACUGUCCUGCGUUCCUCGAUGGCAUCCUCUCUGAUCCUUCUUACGAAACCUGCUACCCACUCUCCAUGAUGCUACAGACAUCCCGUGGCUUCUUUGAAUCCCAGAAGCAACUCUUGAGCAUCGUUCGUGUUCUUGAUGCGACAUGUGCCGCCAACGUCACAUACUGCACCGACUUCUUCGAGGCCGCGUCACGUAACCUUACUGCAUCCGAGAACUGUAAGCAAGAGAUGGAAUCUGGCAACAACGUCGUCAAGCAGUUCCUCUACGGCAUGCAGGCGUAUGAGAUGAUGUACAAGGCUACAUGCCUCCAAACGCCCGGGGACGAUAUGUACUGCUACGCUAAUGCCGUCACAAACACUACGACCGCUGCCAACGCUUACUUCUAUUACUUACCCUACAACCUCACACUUCCGGGAAGCACCAACCCUUCAUGCAGCUGGUGCAUACAAGAAACCAUGAACAUUUUCCAUGCCGCAGCCGAAGAUCGUUCUCAACCCGUUGCACUCACAUACGAGAGUGCCGCUCGACAGGUCAACACCCUCUGCGGCAUCGACUUUGUCAACAGCACUCUACCUCCAGAAGAAACCAACGCUGCACACACCUUUGCCCCAUCAUGGACCGGCCUGCUGCUCAUUCUUGCCAGCACGGCAUUGUUCAACGCUGUGUUAUAG